CACACACCUUAUCACUGGUAUAAGCAGGAGCCAAACAGAUCAAUAGGCACCACUUUCACCAGUAUAAUGGAGAACUCACAGUCACAGUCAGAACAUGAGGAGGAAAUGUCAUCUGCACAAGAGAUUUCUCAAUAUUUCAACACAGAUGGGCAUCUGCGCUCUCACCGUCAAGCUUUUGGACAAGGUCUGUUUACAAAAGGAGGUGGGUCUGCGUUGCCGCCCUACCGACUGGUUAUACUGAGCCUGGGUCUGCUCAAUGCUGUUCUGCUGUUAGCUGCGGUUGUCAUUGGGAUUUAUUGUGCCAAAGCCAAAGACCUUGAGAUUCCUUACUCAGCUGCUACACCCCUCAUCGUUGAGAUGAACUAUCUCCGUAACCACAGUGGAAUCAUCAGAGCUAAAGUGGAGGCCGAGGCAGCAUUAGUGAGAGAGCGUGCCAGCCACCUGCAACUAAAGCUGCAAGUGAAUCAGAAGAAAACUCUCAGUGAUGUCCUACAGAAACAGAUUGAGACUCUACAGACAGAGAAGACAAAUCUAAAGACAAAUAAAACUACUUUAGAGCAAAACUGUGGCAGAUGCCUACCAGGAUGGAUUCUUCUCAAAUCAUCCUGCUAUUAUUUUUCUCCCAAUGAGCUCCUUUCCAGGAAGAACUGGUUGGAUAGCAGAGUGAACUGUAUUAGUCAAGGGGGUGACCUGCUUGUGAUCAAUAACUUAGUGGAGCAGCAACUCUUAAAUGACAACUUGCCACACGUGAGCAGCAGCAGUAGUGUGUGGUGGCAGAACGGCUACUGGAUCGGCCUCACUAAAGCAGUAGUAGAAGAAACAUGGGUCUGGGUUAACAACAUGACUGACGCGAGAACAGCGUACUGGAGAAAUGGGCAACCUAGGCCUAGUGGAUCUCAGAGCGGGAACUGUGCUGCCUAUUAUUACUUCUCUGAUGCCAUGAAGACGUGGUAUAAUGGAGACUGCCAUAACCAUACGUUAAAAUGGAUAUGUGAGAUGGAGCCAAACUCGACAUGACGUCUCUGAAGCAGAAAUCACAACGGGAGACAGAGAAUUUUGUGUCCAUGUAAAAUCAUUAAACACACUGAAG